UAUUGUAUGUUAGUAUAGUGUCAUCUCAAAAUGUGAAUUCGCUGGUGUUAGGAAUCGUGUUCGCAAAAACAAAAUUACGUUUUAUGUGUAUAUUAUACAGCAGGUGUUAUAGCAAAAAACCGGAUCAAAUACAAUUUGAAAGAUGUGGAGCUACGCAAACAAAAAAUUAAAAGCGUACAAAAUUAAAACUUUAAUAAAAACAUAAAAAAUUUUUUUUUCACAUAAUACAUAAAUAAAAAAACAAUCUGUUACAUGAGACGGUGCCCAAGUUAUGCUAAAAAAAAUAUAUAAAAUCACUAUAUAAUUUUCUACAGCCAUCCCGAAAUAUAAAAUUAGUUUUAGUUGUAUGCAAUAAAUUAAAAAUUAUAAAGACUUUUAUAUGGAUAAAAUUGAAAAUUUAAAUUAGUGAAUAUCGUAAAUCAACCAGAAGAAACAAUUUAUGUUGUAAUUUACCUCAAAAUAUUUAUGUUGAUGUUAAUGUUUUGAGUGUCUGGGCCAAUAUGGUUGGCUCUAACAAUACAAAUAAUACUACAAAAUUGUCUGGAAUGAAUCCAAUUCACACUGGCUUACAUUCAGGAGAAAAUAAAAUAAAGGAUAUUCCCUCAAAAAAUAUAACAAUUUUUAAAACUUCUCAAAAGUCCAAAACGAUACCAUAUUUCAAAGUCCAAAUGCUUCAACAAAAUCAAAGACUUCAUCAAACUAAUUCUCAGAUUUCGAAUCUUCAGCAAUAUGAAGAUAUUGCGGUGCCACAGUUUAGUAGUAGCUAUGGAUCAUCGACCAUGGUUCAUAAACGUAAUGAUUUCCAAUCACAGUCAAAUACGAAACUUAUUAAUUUUUCUGAAGAUAUUCAAAAUUUGCAUCGUAGUUCAAAUACCGAUAAUUGUGAACUCUCGGAGUCGAUUCAAGCUCAUUCCAUGCCUAUGGUAACAGUGAAUUCGACAAAAUCUGAUACUGCCCACAGACGAAAUUUAGGGGAGAAAUGUUUUAGCACUGCUUCGGAAAACUGUAAACCAAUUGAAAAAGAACAAAUCGAAUUGCCUAUUUCUUUGAAAGAUAAUCUAGUAGUCGACAAGAACUGUUUUUCAUUUCACGAGCAGAUUAUUAUGUCUGGACAACAGAAAAUCGCAUUAUCGGAAAAACCAAAAGUGUUGGUUGUUUCCCCCCAACAGGUUAUGAUUUUGUACAUGCAUAAACUGACUCCCUACGAGCGUACAGAAAUACUCGCAUUUCCUCAAAUAUAUUUUAUUGGUGCUAAUGCAAAAAAGCGACCAGGAGUCUAUGGACCAAAUAACUCAGAUUACGAUAAUGAAAACGGUGCUUAUAUCCAUGUACCACAUGAUCACGUUGCUUAUCGUUAUGAAAUGCUUAAAAUUAUCGGUAAAGGCAGUUUCGGCCAGGUCAUCAAAGCCUAUGAUCAUAAGACCCAUGAGCAUGUAGCCUUAAAAAUAGUUCGGAAUGAAAAGCGUUUUCAUCGGCAAGCCCAAGAAGAAAUACGAAUUCUUCAUCAUUUGCGUCGACAUGAUAAAUAUAAUACAAUGAAUAUAAUACAUAUGUUUGACUACUUCACAUUUCGUAACCAUACUUGCAUUACAUUUGAGCUUCUUAGCAUAAAUCUGUAUGAAUUAAUAAAAAAAAAUGGAUUUAAGGGCUUCAGCUUGCAGUUAGUUAGAAAAUUUGCGCAUUCACUUCUUCAAUGCUUGGAUGCACUUUAUAAAAAUGACAUUAUACAUUGUGAUAUGAAGCCAGAAAAUGUUCUUUUAAAACAACAAGGCCGCUCCGGUAUUAAGGUUAUAGACUUUGGCUCGUCUUGCUUUGAAAAUCAACGUAUAUAUACUUAUAUCCAAUCGAGGUUUUAUCGAGCACCAGAGGUUAUAUUGGGAGCAAAAUAUGGAAGAGCUAUUGAUAUGUGGUCCCUGGGUUGUAUUCUAGCUGAGCUCUUAUCCGGACAUGCAUUGUUUCCAGGUGAAAAUGAAAGUGACCAACUGGCUUGUAUUAUUGAAGUGUUGGGCAUGCCAAAUAAGAAUAUAUUAGCAAACUCGAAAAGAUCGAAAUCUUUUUUUAGUCCCAAAGGCUAUCCACGUUACUGCACUGUUCGCACAAUGUCUGAUGGAAUGGUAGUGCUAAUAGGUGGACAAUCACGUCGUGGAAAACCACGAGGCCCUCCUUGCUCAAAAAGUCUGUCUAAAGCGCUGGAUGGUUGCAAAGAUCCCUUAUUUCUAAAUUUUAUCCGUGGGUGUUUGGAAUGGGAUGCUGAAAAAAGAUUGACACCAUCUGAGGCGUUAAAACAUCCAUGGCUUCGACGUCGUUUGCCUAGGCCUCCAAGCGGCGGUUGUAAUGUUAGCGGGGACCAGUCGCCAGUAACAGGUUUAAGAAUUAAGGCCGUAAAUGAUGUAGCUACACCCUCAACCUCGCUUACAUCCGUAUCUCUAACAAUGGAAAGGGGUAACAGUAAUUGUAGUGCUCAUCUUAAAAAUGAUUUUAUAACAGAUGACUUAAAAGUGACUAAAAAGUGUAAAACUAAUGAAGGAGCAUUACCUGAGACAGAUCCAUUGAGAGAUACCGAACUUUUGAUAGAAAGUUUAAGAAAAACCACUGUGGCUUCGCCACACUUGUCUUCUACGUAUUCUUCUGAUCCAGAGGAACUCAAUGUUCUUACUACUGGAAAUAACAUGGGGGAAUCAAUAUUUGGCCCAGCUUCAUUGUCCUAUUUACCCCACAUGAAUAAUAAUGGAACUGACAACUCAUCUGGUACGUUACACACAUCAGUCACAAAUUUCAAAAGUCGAGUGGAUUACUUGACUUCAAACACCCCAAAUAUAAGUAAAACAGAUGACAGCUUUGCUUUUGAUUCCGUGACCAGAGAUUUUGCACCAGCGUCUUCGCUAAAUUUAUCAAUAUCCAACAACAUUAUUGGGAGCUCAAGCUUAUCUCUUAACGCAAAUAAAUUACAAGCACAGUCAAAUAAUAUCUAGAAAACUUUGACUAUACGCUUUGUUAUACGUGGAAACAGUUGUUAUCUGAUAUAUUAACAACUCACUGCCAUAAAAGUGAUAAUUUAAGUGGUUAUGUCUUCACCCGGAUUGGCAUUGCACUGGCAUUUGUUUGAAAAGAGCCGUGGGUGUGCAGCAUAGAUCUCAAAAAAAUAUAUUAAAAUAAUGCAUUUUAAAUAAACUGCGAAUAUCCCUUCAUUAAGUAAAAUACACUAAAAAUGUUCAAAAAUCUUUCUUAGUGUUGUGAAUUUACACCGGUAAUACAAAUAAAAUAUUUCAAUUGGA